ACCACAAUGAAUCUUUCCAUUUAGCGACCUGUUUUCUCUCCCUUUCAUAAAUAUCUUCCCUCGGAACUCUUCUCUGUUAGCAACCUUUCUUUUCUCUUCCUCUUUCUAUUCUCCGCUCCUUUUUCCAUCCACACCAACCAUGCUCAGACGCCAUUCAGUCUGCCUCUCCGACAUCCCCUCCUUCGCAGAUCCACUGGAACAGAAUCCCCUGGGCGAAUCCUAUACUCAGACCUCCAAAUACGAAAACCCAGCUGAAGAUACCACCAUCUGGACUAUACGCAAAUCCCCCACUCCGAUGAUGACGGCAACGAUGGAAUCAGCAUCAGCAACACCCGCGAAGCCAGCUACGAACACGAACACGACUACUGCGGAGAACAACGAGCAUGAGAAGCAGCCCCAAGACAAUUCUCAGGCCACGUCAGCGAAGAAGAAGAAGAAAAAUAAGAAGAAGAAGCCCAAAAGUCGGAGUAAGGCAAAGGAUAAGCUGGAGCUGGAGCUGGAGCUGGAGCAGACUGAAGGCAGCACUGUUGAGACUGAGACUGAGAGUCUGUCUCAGCUAGUUCAGCCAAUGCCGCUGGGUACUCCUACGCCGUUCAUCGUCAACAGCGCGAGUUGGCAUAAAGUGGGUGAGGUUUGUUCACUCCUCGCCCUGCAACUUGGUUGAUGGUUUCUGAUUCCUUUAGGUCAAGAAUAAUGAAGAUGGUCUCCAGAAAUUCCUCAGCUCCCAACGUCUCUACGCAGGGGAUAGUGACAGUCCAUCAGUAACCGAGUUGACCCCCUCCACGACGACAGAUGCUACCGUCCGCGCUGCUAGCAUCCAUGGCGACAAACCGGCCCAGCAGGAACGACCACCGGAACAGCCGCAGCAGCAGCCUUACAACGUGCCAGAGCAACCUCCUGUUCCUACUGUCUGUCCUGAACACACACGGAUGCUGUGCCAAUUUGUUCC